GUUAAAACUAAUCAAACACAAGAAAAAAAUCCCCGCCCUGAGGAAAAUGAGUCAAUCCAGCCAUCUGCCAUGGAUACCCCAAGAUGGGACGGUUGGGAACCACUGGAUAUGUCCGAAUACGAAACAAGCGUGGAAUCAGUUCAUAACGUUGUAAAAGAAUUUCAGAAUCAAAUGUCCCGGUUUCCGGGAACUCCGAUUCUUUUUCCACCAUCAGAAGAUUCUACCUCUAUCGCUUCAUUCCUGGGGCAACCAUUUCAAUCUCCCUCGCGCGAUUCAACCCCUGUCUCUGAAGAAGCAGCUAAGUCGGACAAGGAAAAGCCAUUCCAGUGUAACUACUGUGUGAUGUCCUUCACUCGCCCUAGUGAUCUCCAGCGCCAUCUUCUCAUUCAUAACAACAAUAAGCCAUAUAAAUGUGAGGAGUGUGACCGCGAGUUUACGUGGUUUGGCAACUUUCAAAAGCACGUGCUUUCGCAUAUGGGGGGUACUACCAGAGCGCCAGGGACUUUGCCCUUCUCAACGAUGUUCACUUUCCUGGCACGUGAACAAGUCAAAGAUCUUUUCAUUAAAGAUGGUGAAAAGUACAAGUGCCGUCUAUGCGCCAAGGAUUUCACCCGACUCAGUGGCUUAAAAACGCAUAUUCGCAUGCACACAGGAGAGAGGCCUUAUGUCUGUGAGGUCUGCUCAUUUGCAUUUACUACGUCACGUGCCCUGAAGAUGCACGUGCGCCUACAUACUGGGGAGAAACCUUACAAGUGCGAGGAGUGCGGGCGCGCUUUCACAAGGAGGGACGAGAUGCAUACUCACAUGUAUAUACACAAAGGUAGGGCUGACUCAAAAUUGUAUCUUAGACUUUCAAAGUCUGAUAAGCAACUCUCUUGUCCUUCAGUUAUACAUUUCCUGGUCAUCUAUUCUCACCACCUGUUUGCUCGAUAAGAUAUUUUCUCUGAAAUAGCGAGAAGUCAUCGUCUAAUCAAUUCUGCAAGGAGAGUGGUAAGUAAUUUUUAAGAGAUCCUCAGCUUGAAAAAGUCCAUUAACAGCUAACAUAGCAAAAGAUCAUGUAAGAACGUCGGAUCCUCACCAAGGAAUACAAGCGGAUACUGGAAAGUUCAAGGGCAGCAUGAAAAAGAAGUUAGCAAUAUAAGACAAUUGAUGUAAAUCGAGAAGAGAGGAAAAAUCUAUGAGUCUUUUCUUACUUCGAAACCCGAUGUUGAUGUUACGUAGAUAUUCCAUCUUAGAACACGUCUGUUUACUGAAAACCAUCUCAUAUUUUUGCAUUUAUUUUUAAAGGAGAGAAGCCAUUCAAGUGCGACAUCUGUUCGGCCUCAUUCAUUCGCUACGGUCAUCUACAACGCCAUCUCCUCAUUCAUAGCGAUGACAAACCAUACAAGUGUAAAGUGUGUCCCAAGUCCUUCACUCAGUACCGCAACCUACAGACUCACAUGUACAAACAUACCGGGGAGAGGCCUUACAGAUGCAGGUACUGCCCUAAGGGAUUCACCCAGUAUGGCACCCUCCAAGCACACGAGCGAACACACACCGGGGAGAAACCCUUCCAAUGCCAAUUCUGCGAAAAGGCUUUCAUUACAUCAUCACACCUUAGAUGGCACAUAAAGACACAACACAAUGCCAAAAAAGACUAG